AUGGAGGUCGAUCAAGUCAUCGGUGGUGCCGCCGCGCCCAAUCUCGAUGAAUCGCUCUACUCUCGCCAGCUGUGAGUGGUGCAACUGCUCGACCGCCCUGGCGCUGACCUCAUCAACCGCCGCGGCCACCGAGCGACGUCGACACCACGAGGAGACAGUCCGUUGCGCAUCGUGCCGAGCAUCAAUCAGCUUGCACCAGGCUCGGCCACACGUGGCGACUCUGCCAAGGCUUUGGCCAGGGCUCGGGCUCGGGCCCCGUCGCGUCACCCACCACCUUCACCACCUUCACCACCUUCACCACCUUCACCACCUUCACCACCGCCACCACCGGCUGCCCACACCCCAUCUGCGCUGAAUGCAUCAAACUGACCAUGCUCCCUCCUUGCCCUUCACAGCUACGUUCUGGGACAUGAAGGUAAGCGGUGUCACUUGGUCGACAUCACGCGGUUGCGCAUUAGAUUAGCUCCACGCUGACCUCAUCCCCCACACCGCGACCGCGACCGUUGCCCUGCUCCCCCUCUCGCCACAGCCAUGAAACGCAUGGCCGCAUCCGACGUGCUCAUCAUCGGACUUGACGGACUCGGUGUCGAAAUCGCCAAGAACGUAUGCCUAGCCGGGGUCAAGUCCGUCACCCUCUCGGAUCCGACCCCGGCCUCGGUGCCCGAUCUAGGCACCCAGUUCUUCCUCCGACACCAAGACGUCGGCAAACGUCGCGACGAGGCCACACGACCCCGCCUCGCCGAACUCAACGCCUACACCCCCGUAUCCGUGCUCGAGCAGCUCGACGAGGAACAGCUCAAGCGCUUCACCGUCAUCGUGCUCGUCAACGCCCCCACCAACGAGCAGCUCAAGCUCGACGACUUUGCCCACGCCAACGGCAUAAAGUUCAUCGCCGCCGAGUCGUAUGGUCUCUUUGCCUCGGCUUUCUGCGACUUGGGCAAGCAGUUCCCCGUCGUUGACCAGACCGGCGAGACACCGCUGUCCGGCAUGGUCGUCGAGAUCGAGGAGGCCGAGGACGCGCUCGUCACUUGCCUCGACGAGACACGGCACGGCCUCGAGGAUGGCGACUAUGUGCGCUUCUUCGAGGUCGAGGGUCUCGACAUCAACUCGGAAGGCGUCGAGGGCGCGCGCAAGGUGGCCGUCAAGGGCCCCUACACCUUCACGAUCGGCGACACCCGAGGCCUGGGCCAAUACAAGAAGGGCGGUUGGUUCCACCAGGUGAAAAUGCCCAAGCUGCUCGAUUUCAAGCCCCUGCGCGAGUCCAUCGCCGCGCCCGAAUACCUCAUCUCGGACUUUGCCAAGUGGGACCGACCCGCAACGCUCCACAUCGGCUUCCAGGCGCUCUCGGCCUUCAAAGCCGCUCACGGUCGUUUACCCGCACCCCGCGACGACUCGGACGCCCAAAUCUUCCUCCAAUUGUCCAAGGACGUCGCGAGCAAGGCCGGGUUCACCGAUGAUGUCGACGACAAAGUCCUUACCGAGCUCUCGUACCAGGCCACAGGUAGCUUGGCCCCGAUCAACGCCGUGAUGGGUGGGUUCGUCGCUCAAGAAGUCUUGAAGGCUUGCUCGGGCAAAUUCGGACCCUUGUUCCAACAUCUCUACUUUGACGCACUCGAGGCCUUACCCGACACGAAGCCGACGAAGGAGGACUGUGCGCCUUCGAACCCGCCUUCGAGGUACGAUGGACAGAUCGCCGUUUUUGGCCGAGCGUUCCAGGCCAAGAUCGAGAACCAGCGCCAAUUCCUCGUCGGUGCGGGUGCGAUUGGAUGCGAGAUGCUCAAAAACUGGGCCAUGAUGGGUCUCGCUACGGGUGAAAAGGGCAGGAUCUACGUCACCGACUUGGACACGAUCGAGAAGAGCAACUUGAACCGACAAUUCUUGUUCCGACCGCGCGACGUCGGCUCGUUCAAAUCCGAGGCCGGCCGACGGGCCGUGACCGAGAUGAACCCGAGCCUCAACGACAAGAUCGAGGUGUUCAAGCUCGCCGUCGGUGGAGAGACCGAAGGAACGUUCGGCGACGAUUUCUUCGAUGGCAUCGACGUGGUGACGAACGCGCUCGACAACGUGGCUGCUCGUCAGUACAUGGAUCAGCGCUGCGUCUUUUACGAGAAGCCUCUACUCGAAUCGGGCACGCUCGGCACCAAGGCGAACGUGCAGGUCGUCUUACCGCAUGUGACCGAGUCGUACUCGUCGUCGCAGGACCCGCCCGAAAAGAGUCACCCGAGUUGCACGAUCAAGAACUUCCCCAACCAGAUCGAGCACACGAUCGCAUGGGCCAAGGAACGCUUCGAGGGCCUGUUCGAGAAGCCGGCCGAGGUCGUCAACUCGUACCUCAGCCAAGCCAACUUCGUCGAGGCGGCCAAGGCCUCGGGCGAGACGGGUCAACUGCUCAAGAUCCGAAGCUACCUCGUCGACAACAGGCCGCUUGGGUUCGCAGAGUGCAUCGUGUGGGCGAGGCAGCAGUUCGAGACCGAGUACAACAACGAGAUUCGACAGCUUCUGCACUCGCUGCCAAAAGACUUGGUUUGUCCUCUUCUUGUGGCCCGCUGUCGGUCUCGCUCUCAGCUGAUGAUCAUGAUUGCCACCACGCUCCCCAGUUGACGCAGGAAGGCGCACCCUUCUGGUCCGGACCGAAACGAGCCCCGGAGCCUUUGACCUUUGACCCGCGUGAUCCGGUCCAUAUGGACUUUAUCGUUUCUGCGGCGAAUCUGCACGCCUUCAACUAUGGCCUCAAGGGAGAAAUCGACCGCGAGAUGUUCAUGCGCACGCUCGAUGAGGUCGUCCUGCCCGAGUUCGUCCCCAAGUCGGGCGUCCAGGUCCAGAUCAAAGACGACGAGCCCGUCAACAAUGCCGCUGGUGCCCCUUCGUCGGACGACGAUGACCUCGCUACGAUCGUUGAUGCGUUGCCGAAGCCCGCCACCCUCGCCGGAUACCGCAUGCGACCCGCCGAAUUCGAGAAGGACGACGACACAAACUUCCACAUGGACUUCAUCACGAGCGCGAGCAACUUGCGCGCGAUGAACUACGGCAUCCAAACCGCCGACCGUCACCACACGAAGCAAAUCGCCGGCAAGAUCAUCCCUGCGAUCGCGACGACGACGUGCCUUGCGACCGGGUUGGUCUGCCUCGAGUUGUACAAGAUCAUCGACGGCAAGAAGGAUAUUGAGCAGUACAAGAACGGGUUCGUCAACCUCGCAUUGCCCUUCUUUGGCUUCUCGGAACCGAUUGCAAUGGCCAAGAACAAGGUGAGUCGCGUUCCUGAGUCCUCUGGCAUGAUCAGCGACUGAUGGUGUCUUCAAUAUGCAGUACUACGAUGUCGAAUGGACGAUCUGGGAUCGAUUUUUCCUCGAAGGCGACGUCACCUUGAAGGAUUUGAUCGAGCACAUGAAGUCGAAACAUCGCCUCGAGAUUACCAUGCUGUCGAGUGGUGUGUCGAUGCUCUACAGUGGGUUCAUGCCCAAGAAGAAGCUGGAGGAGAGGUUACCGAUGAGGUGAGCUCGCUCAAGAGCAUGCUGGGGGCAAAGCGAUGAGCCAGAACUGAUUUAUGAGGUGUUGACGCAGGAUGAGUCAAUUGGUCGAGAGCGUGUCCAAGAAGCCUUUGCCGCCGGGCAAUUCGCUCACGUUCGAGAUGAUGUGCGACGACGACACAGGGGAGGAUGUCGAGGUGAGUCUCUAAUUCGCGAGCUAAGCCCUCUGUUUCCCGUGACUGACAGCUCCCCUCUGGACCGCUUGCUUGAAAAGGUCCCAUACCUCUUGAUUCGUUACAAAUAG